GCGCUAGAGUUACUGGCAUGUUAUCUUAUGAGCUGGUGGCUUGUGGCUAAGUUUUAACUUCAACCAUUUUGUUAAAUUUUACUUACUUUCAUAGACAAUAUGCAGAAGUAUUUGACCGAGGGAUGUAUGCUGGACCUGUUGGUUGGUUUGGAGGAGGAGAGAGUGAAUUUGCUGUAGGGAUUCGGUCAGCAUUGGUGGAAAAGGAUAGAGGUGCAUUUAUAUAUGCUGGGACAGGGAUUGUGGAAGGAAGCAGUCCUUAUCUGGAAUGGGAUGAGCUAGAACUCAAGACAUCUCAGUUCACCAAGUUGCUCAAGCUGGACUUGCCUCAGAGACAAAAAGUAGAUUGUAAAUGAGCUCCACUGAUACGUUUUUCUAAAUGAAGUUUGAGAUUAUGGUAUUUCCUUCCUUUGGAUAUUGGCCUAAUAAAUUUGGCGGGAGGAUAUGGACAACAUAUUAGUUUGUACAAAUGAGGUUUAUAUAUGGAUUAAGUUCUUGGCUCAUUUGAGAAGAUUCAAGAAAACUAGUCAAUUUGUAUAUGGGUUAAGAAGCCAAGACUACAAUUCUUUCCCCUAAUACCUUUGUUGUAUUAGGGAUUAAUCUUAAGGAAAAUCAUAAUCA